AUGGUGAAGGGUCCUGGUCUCUACACUGACAUCGGCAAGAAAGCCAGAGAUCUGUUGUACAAGGAUUAUCACAGUGACAAGAAGUUCACUAUCAGCACUUACUCACCUACUGGAGUUGCUAUAACAUCCUCAGGAACAAAGAAAGGUGAACUGUUUUUGGGUGAUGUUAAUACCCAGUUGAAGAACAAGAACAUCACUACUGAUAUCAAAGUAGACACAAGUUCUAAUCUUUUCACAACCAUCACUGUCAACGAACCUGCUCCUGGUGUGAAGGCUAUUUUUAGCUUCAAAGUUCCCGAGCAAACGUCUGGAAAGGUGGAACUACAAUACCUGCAUGAAUAUGCUGGAAUUAGCAGCAGUGUUGGGUUGAAAGCAAACCCAAUUGUCAACUUUUCUAGCGUUAUUGGAACUAAUGCACUUGCUUUUGGUGCUGAUCUUUCUUUUGAUACCAAACUCGGGGAGCUAACCAAAUCUAAUGCUGCUGUGAACUUCGUCAAGGAUGACUUGAUCGGGUCAUUGACUCUAAAUGAAAAGGGUGAUGUGCUAUCUGCUUCAUACUAUCAUGCCAUUAACCCACUGUCCAACACUGCUGUUGGUGUUGACAUCAGUCACAGAUUCUCAACUAAAGAGAACACCUUCACACUCGGCACCCAGCAUGCAUUGGAUCCAUUGACCACAGUGAAGGGUCGCGUCACCAACUCAGGCAAGGCAAGUGCUCUUAUUCAGCAUGAAUGGCGUCCCAAAUCACUCAUCACCAUUUCAAGUGAGGUAGACACCAAGGCCAUUGAAAAGAGUGCUAAGAUUGGAUUGAGUUUGGCUCUCAAACCUUGA